AUGGAGCCGCUGUCCGAUGAAAGAGCCCAGAGCUACCUCCGGCACCUGGGAGUUUCCAAGCCCUCCGAGCCCGCCUUGGACUUCCUCGAUCGACUGAUCAGGGCGCACCUAGAGCACGCCACCUUCGAGAAUCUGGACGUGCUGCUGGAACGACGCAUUAGCCUCGACGCUGAGGCCGUACACGGCAAGGUGACUGGACGCGGCCGCGGUGGCUACUGCUACGAGCUCAACUCUCUCUUCGCCCGCCUGCUACUGGCUCUCGGCUACAGCGUGCGCCUGCGAGCAGCCCGCGUGCGUGUCAGGACUCCAGACGACUCGGACAAGCGCACGUGCCUCUCCCACAUGGUGCUGCUGGUCGAGCUGAACGACGGCCGGCGCUACAUCGUGGACGUCGGCAUGGCGCAGUGCGGUCUGCACCGGGCGCUGCCCCUGGAAGGUGACGCGACUCCGUUCCGCCUUCGCAGCUUGGGCGCGACGGAGGCCGUCGAGGUCGCGGUGCCUACGAGCGAUGGCGGCUGGAAGGCCAUCUACGUCGUCGAGCCGUACGACCUCGACUGGCUCGACUUCGGCGUGCUCAACUGGUACUCGUCGACCCACCCGGACAGCGCGAUGCGGCGCCUCCUCUUGGUGGGACGCCGAUCGCCCCGGGACGACGGCUGUUGGCUGAGGCUCAUCAACGACCGGUUCGUCCGCUGGUCGCCGAUACAUGGCGUCGUCGAGAAACGCGUGAUGCGGGAUGAGAACGACAUCCUCGAGAUUCUGCGAGAUGAGUUCGGGCUGAACCUGAACGUGGCGGACGACGCGGCGCCGCUGCGUGUUCGCUUGCGAGGCCUGCUGGAGAAUUGGAGGCUGGGCCAGAACCUCUUUCUGAAGGAAUCGAUUUGGCCGGAGGGAUAA